GCGUGCAUAAAAGCUGACGCCCAAAACACCAACUCUGCUGUUGGUCUCCGCCACUCCAUCGUCCUAUCAGAAGACAAAGAAACCCGUCGGAGAUGGGAGGCGUGGUGGAUUCUAAGGGCUGUCCCAUCUCCCCUUCCGCCACCACCGGCGGCUGGACCGCCGCUUUCUUCAUCAUAGGGGUGGAGGUGGCGGAGAGAUUCACCUACAGCGGCAUCUCCUCCAACCUCAUAAGCUAUCUCACGGGGCCGCUCCGCCAAUCCACGGCGGCCGGCGCGGCCAACGCCAACGCCUGGACCGGGACGGCCAGCUUGCUGCCGAUUUUAGGGGCGGUCGUCGCCGACUCCUGGCUCGGCCGAUAUCGGACGGUCCUCGUCUCUUCUCUCCUCUACGUCCUGGGUUUAGCCUUGCUUACUCUUUCAGCUGCUCUUUUUUCUCUUGCGUCCUCUGACUGCACUCUUAGUAAGGGAGAGAUCUCAGCAUGCCCUCCCCCCUCUCCCUUUCAUGUUAUCUUUUUCUUCUUCUCUCUCUACCUCGUUGCUCUGGGACAGGGUGGGCACAAGCCAUGCGUCGAGGCUUUUGGAGCUGACCAGUUUGACAUCAGAGAUCCCUCCAAGAGCAAAGCAAGGAGCUCCUUUUUUAACUGGUGGUAUGUUGGUGUAGCCUUAGGCUCUGUCGCUGCCUAUAUGGUCCUCAAUUACAUCCAAGACUAUGUUAGCUGGGCUGUUGCCUUUGGACUCCAGUGCACUGCCAUGGCACUUGCACUCGUGGUUUUCAUGCUUGGAAACAAAACUUAUCGCCACCUUGUUUUAGAAGACAAAAGCCCAUUUGCGAGGAUAGCCAAGGUGUGCUUUGAAUUUCUCAGGAAUAGAAAGACUCCUACUUCCACAUUUGAUGAAUCUGGGGAGACAUUGCUGCUGCAUGAGGAAACUCAAUUUGAGUCUCUGGAUCACAAAGAAGAAGUUAUUUCAGUCAAUUGUCAUGUUUCUUCUCCAUCCAAGCAAGUUCAUUCAAUUAGCAACAAUAGUUUGACUGAGGAAGAGGUGAAGGGUUUGGUUCAGUUGCUACCCAUAUGGCUUGCUUGUUUAAUAUAUGGCACUGUGUUUGCACAGACACAGACUCUUUUCACAAAGCAAGGCAAUACCAUGGAGAGAGACGUGGGUUUUGGAUAUCAAAUACCGGCAGCUUCACUGCAACUAUGUUCCAGCAUCAUGGUCGUAGUCUUCGUCCCCAUAUAUGAUCUUGUACUUGUUCCCAUAGGGAGGAAGUUUUCUGGAAAUCCUUCUGGUAUAACAAUGUUGCAGAGAAUUGGUAUUGGGAUGGUGUUCUCUACUGCUUCGAUGGUAUCAGCAGGGCUAGUAGAGGUGAAGAGGCUCAAAACUGCUAGAGAUUUUGGGCUGGUUGACAUGCCAAAUCUUCCAGUCCCAAUGAGUGUAUGGUGGUUGGUUCCUCAGUAUGUUAUUUUUGGGAUUUCUGAAGCAUUCACCUUGAUUGGUAUGCAAGAAUUUUUUUAUGAUCAGAUGCCAUGCGUGCUAAGGAGCGUUGGUCUUGCUCUCUACUUAAGUAUCUGCGGUGUAGGGAGCUUUCUUAGCAGUUUCCUCAUCUCUAUGAUUGAUAGCUUUACCCUCGAGAGAGGGGAGAGCUGGUUUGCUAACAAUAUCAAUCGAGCGCAUCUCGAUUACUUCUUUUGGCUUCUUGCAGGACUUAAUUUUGCAGGAUGUUUGGCAUUUCUCCAUUUUGCUAGAUCAUACAUCUAUAAGAAGUUUUGAGGCGAGGUCUUUCCAAUAUAAUUCAUGAUGGAGGUUUUGUAUGUUAACAAUAAUGUUCAUCUCCUGUGUAUAUAUAUACAUAUAUAUUCGUUUUGAUGGCAAGUUCACAAGCUAAUCGCUGCAGUCCUGCAUGUACAUAUAUAUAUUUGGGCAAUUCCAGAAUGAAAUAGAAAAUUUUGUUCACAA